AUGAAAUUCCUUGUAACUUUUGUAACCAUCAUCGUAUGCGCCAACGCAUACAGAGUACGAGUCAUCGACUCCAUCUCAUCGGCUUCGAGUGAGGAGCUACUGAUUACACCUGGCGGCCAGCCUCAACCAAUCAUACCUGUGCCAGAUUCAAUUUCUUCUGUAUCUAGUAGCGAGGAAGUUAUUCUAUUACCGCCUGGUGGGCCAUCGCCAUUACCGGGAGUAGGUGUCGUGUCACAGUCCGUGCUACAAGCCGUGAAGGUUAAAGCGCCUAAGUAUGGCAAUGUUUGGAAUACCAAUCGCAUACUCGCACAAGUCUUGGGACCACAAGAAGCCACUGCACAAGGCGCGCGCGUUUAUGGUUAA